AUGAGUGAAAUUCAUACGGCAGAAAAGGCUGCUUACUCCAAAGUAGAUCAUGCCGAGAAAGAACAGGUUGAGUAUAUGGGGCAUGUUCUAACUGGGUGGCAGGAGAUUGAGUAUAUGAGGCGUGUUCCACCUGGGUGGCAGGAGGUACUGAACGGACCUGCGUCUGCUGAUUUGAAGGAUAUAGAAUUUCAAAUAAAUAGUUCUGCAUAUCCAUUCGAAACUUUAAUUUAUCUCUAG